AUGGCAUCGCCAUUCCUAAGUGAUAUUAUUCAAGCCAUCGAAACUGCUGGCAGCAAUAGUAAUAGUAAUAGUAAAAGUGAUAGCGGUGGCAGUGGCAGUAACAGUGAUGGUGGCGUUAGUGGAAGUGGUAGUGGAGGUGUUUCACCAGCUGGCCAAGAUGGCGAGUUGAUUGUGGAUAAUACAACGUCAACAUCAAACUCAUCAUCAUCACCGCCAACCAGACCAACUACAUCAACUACAUCAACUACAUCAACAACAUCAACAACAUCCACUACACCAACAACAAAUAUAACAUCAUCCACAUCUUCCACAUCAUCUUCCACAUCAUCUUCUACAUCAACAUCAACAUCAACAACAUCUACUUCACCAACAACGAAUAUAACAUCAACAUCAACGACUGGAACUCCAACAUCCACAACAUCCACCACUUCAUCUUCAUCGCCCACAUCAUCCACAUCCACAUCCACAUCCACAUCGUCAUCAUCCACAUCCACGUCCACAACAGGAUCCACAACAACAGGUCCAACUCCACAACCACAAACAACAUGUAGCGCAACAUCAUCAUUGUACGAUUAUUUGAAUGAAAGCAUAAACUGGACGACACAGGGUCACCCCCAGCAGCAGAGCAAUGGUUGGAGCCAUCUAAGAGUGAAGCUCGACCUUAGCUACAUGGACAACGCCACACUCUCGGUUGGCCGCGA